AGGAUAUUAUUACCCUCGCCAUGGAUAACAUCCACGUGGAUCCGGGUGGGGAGAUGGAGGGAGAAAGAAGACUCUGCAAUUCGUAGCCAUAGCCGCUUCAGCGCUUAUUUACCGGGUCUUAUAGUUUCGGGUUCUAAGAAACCAAUUCCAGCGUCUAAUGUGUAGCUAGCAAUGGCUUUGUUACCCAGUCGCCAGAUUUGCCCGGCAACGGCUACAAUGGCGACGACGACGACGACGGCCUCAUUUUUUAAUUCAUUUCAAAGCUCCUUUUCCAAAUGUCAUGGCGCCAAUCCUCUCCAUUUUUUCAGGUACACUUGCUCCAUUUCUCUCAAAGCUCGCAAAACUAUCACCUCUCGCGCAACCACUAAGCGAAAUCCAUCAAGGAAAGUCAAUUUUAGUGAAGCAAGAAAGAAUCAUGUUUCUUCACAUGACCCCGAGUUGACAAAUUUAUCUUGUGUUAGUUGUAGUAGUAACAGUGGUGGUAGUAGUCGUAGUGGUAGUAGUUGGUUGAGUAAUUGGAAUAAACCCCAGAAACAGAAUAUUUCGAAGCCGCCACGGGUGGUGGUGAAUUAUAAAAAAGAUGAGGAUUUAUCUACUUUGGGGUAUUCAAGCAGUGAAAAUAGUGAUGGAAGCGGAGGUAGUACAAUGGAGAAGAUAGUGGAGAAGUUGAAGAAGUUCGGGUAUAUGGAUGAUGGCAAUGAGAGGAAACAUAAGGGGUCUGAGCGAGGGAGAGUGAUUGAAAAGGGUUCUGUGGAGGACAUAUUCUAUGUGGAAGAAGGGUUGUUGCCAAAUGAACGAGGUGGAUUUUCAAAGGAAUCUCCAUUAGGGGUGGAAAAUGUGUUUGGAAGCAAUGGGGAAGGGAGGUUUCCAUGGGAGAAGCCAAAGGAGGAGGAGGAGGAAGGAACGUGGACGGCAAGGAGUAAGAGUAGGCUUUCUCUGGCGGAAUUGACUCUUCCAGAGUCAGAACUAAGGAGGUUGAGGAACUUGACAUUUCAGAUAAAGAGCAAGACCAGAAUAGGAGGUGCUGGUGUCACUCAGGCUGUGGUGGAUGCCAUUCAUGAGAAAUGGAAAAACUCAGAGAUCGUGAGAGUGAAGAUUGAGGGAGCACCUGCACUUAACAUGAAGAGAAUGCAUGAGAUAUUGGAGCGAAAAACUGGUGGUUUGGUGAUUUGGAGAUCUGGUACUUCCAUUUCUUUGUACAGAGGUGUUAGCUAUGAGGUUCCUUCAGUGAAAUUAAACAAACAGAUAUACAAGAGAAAUGAGUUAUCAACUAAUUUCAUCCCAGCAAUGACAACUCAAACUUCUGAGAAAGAUGUGCAUGCACCUCAAGCAAACAUGGAAACUACUAUUGAGGAGAAGAAAGAUGUGGAAACACUACCUGAAGUAAAGUAUGAAGAUGAAGUAGAUAAGUUGCUAGACAGUCUUGGACCAAGGUACACAGAUUGGCAGGGAUGCAAUCCAUUGCCUGUAGAUGCAGAUAUGCUUCCUGGAAUUGUUCCUGGUUACCAACCUCCAUUUAGAGUACUUCCAUAUGGAGUCAGAUCUACUCUUGGACAAAAAGAGGCAACAGCUUUACGAAGGAUUGCCAGAGCUCUUCCCCCACACUUCGCCUUAGGUCGAAGCAGGCAACUCCAAGGUUUGGCUAUGGCUAUGAUUAAGUUAUGGGAAAAAAGUUCAAUUGCAAAGAUUGCCCUUAAACGGGGUGUGCAGCUGACAACUAGUGAGAGAAUGGCGGAAGAUGUCAAGAUUGGUCCAGGGAAGAAGGAAAAUCAUCUUCUGGGUGAAAACUCUUGGAAUUUGGAUUUGAAAUUGACAGGGGGAAUGCUGCUUUCUAGGAACAAAGAUUUCUUGGUCUUCUACAGAGGAAAGAACUUUUUGUCCUCAGAGGUGGCAAAAGAAUUACUUGAGAGAGAGAGAUUAGCUAAGUUCCUGCAAGAUGAAGAAGAGCAGGCACGGUUAAAGGCAUCAACUCCUCUUGUUUUGACAAGUGUUGAAGGUCGUGAGGAUUCUGGUACUGCAGGUACCCUUGGUGAAACUCUGGAUGCAAAUGCUAGGUGGGGAAAGAGGCUGGAUCAUCAUCACAAGGAAAAAGUAAUGAGAGAAGUUGAAAUAAUGAGGCAUGCCAACCUUGUUAGGAAGCUGGAAAGAAAACUUGCUUUCACUGAAAGAAAGUUAUUGAAAGCUGAAAGAGCUUUGUCAAAGGUAGAGGAGUUUUUAAAGCCAGCAGAACGUCAAGCAGAUCCAGAAAGCAUAACUGAUGAGGAGAGAUUUAUGUUCCGGAAGAUUGGCUUAAGAAUGAAAGCUUUCUUACUUCUUGGUAGGCGUGGAGUUUUUGAUGGUACAGUGGAAAACAUGCACUUGCAUUGGAAAUAUCGAGAAUUGGUGAAAAUCAUUAUGAAGGCGAAAACUUUUGACCAGGUGAAAAAAAUUGCCUUAGCACUUGAGGCAGAAAGUGGGGGCAUCUUGGUUUCAGUCGACAAGGUGUCAAAAGGAUAUGCAAUCAUAGUAUACCGAGGAAACGACUAUAAGCGACCCUCCACUUUAAGGCCAAAGAAUCUUUUGACAAAGAGGAAGGCUUUGGCUCGUUCAAUUGAGCUUCAGAGGCGCGAGGCUCUCAUAAAUCACGAGGCGAUUCUGCAGAAAAGAGUGGAGAAAAUAAGAUCUGAAAUCGAACAAAUGGAUCUUGUAAAAGACCAAGGAGAUGAGGAGUUAUAUAACAAACUUGAUGCUGCUUAUCCAACUGAUAAUGAGGAGACAGAGAGGGAGGAGGAAACCGACGAAGCAUACCUUGAGACAUACAACAGUGAGAAUGAUGAAGAUGAAGAUGAAGUUGAAGAUAAAGAUGAAGAUGAGGGCUCAAUACAGCAUCUCUAUGCUGAAACAAACUUUCCUUAUCAUCUCCAGCAGCAGUAAUCAGAAACAACAUAUUAUUUUUGAGAAGCAUCAGUGGAUGAAAUUCGUAAUAUAUAGACCUGACAAAGUAUAGAAAGAUUUGUCAAUGAGCUCAUUGGACAGAAAAACAUCAGUUGCCAACAUCAUUGCGAUUGGCUGCUGCAUUUGGCAGGGGAUUGAGGCAAAAAGAUCACAGAGUUUCCUGGACUGUAUGUACAGUUUAUUUGGGUAGGUUGAUGUAUAGACAAAUUAUCUUUUGGUGUCCCACCAGUUUAAUUAUUGAGUUUCUUUAACACAAGAUGUAUGCCAGAUAAUAUUUAUCAUGGGUUGAGAAAGACGCUAAACAUGGUGUUGAAAAGCCAAAACAGGUAGCUAGUGCAGAAGGUUGUAGCAUUAAAUCUGUAUAAUGUAAGUGGCAGGCAUUCUGGACAUGUUAAACGUGAAGGAUUAUGAUAUUAUCUUCCAAUUACCCUUUCCCUUCAA